AAAAAGCACACCCAUCGUCAAAAAAUUGACCAUGUAACUCUUUCACUUAUAAUAGAGAGAGAGGUAGGUAGGUUGGUAUGGUACCCGGCUUCAACAUUUCGGUAGUUCGUCAGCUCGUAGAUCGCCAGGGUCGGAGAAAUAACAGGUUAGUUAUAUAUCCGUGUGUAAGAAGAAAAGAAUCGGAUUGCACACCUAUUUUUCAUUCUCACAGCUCUUUGUUUGGUUCCAUGGCGGCAAAGACUCGAAUCCGGCGCAAAACUCGUUAGUUCAACUAAAUAACUUACUUAACUAUUGUGAAAACCAGCAUAUCAACCUUAUUUUUAUAACCUUAAACUAUUUAUCGCAAUCUAUUUCUGAUAUAACUAUCUAUGUAUGUACAUGUACAGCAACCUAUAUGGCUUUACAUACAUGUACACUAUUUGCGUUGCGAUUGUUAUUUUUUUCCGUCAGCGUUAAGGGGGGAAUGCGAUUGCGAUUGCGAGCGUUUAUUCGGAUAUAUAUUUCGAAGCCUCUGCGAGUCCUCAACGUCAUGGACUAUGUAAGAUCUAGGGCUGAGGCCUGUGUGUGUGUGUGUGUGUACCUGAAUGAUUGAGGUACGAUUCUGCGGUAAUGAGAUCAAAUUCAAGGCUCCCCAGGAUGACAACAGUGUCUGUCCCGUCUCUACGCGUGCUGACUGUCUUUGCUCUUUUAUUUUAACUCCUUAUCGUCCAUCGUUUCCAUUAUGUAUCCCUCUCUCUUGAUUGUAUUUCUGCAAUCUAUCCCCCUGCGCGCUCGUUUCAUCUUCUGUUCUUCAGCAGAAUUGCAUGUUCCUACAAGGAUUCCUGGGGAUCUGUUUGCUAAGAAGCUACAAUUGAGCCGGGGGUGGUUGAAUACAUCUAUUUCAGUCGUUCCUUAAUCAGUUUCGAUACCCUGGAUUCUCAUCAAUUGCUUCUUCUAUAGCUUAUCGAGAAUCGAACACAAUGUGGAACCGUAGCUCUUCCUUCGGAGCUAUGAUGGGGGCAUACCUAUGGCUACUAUUGCCGGUACAUAAUAUCUCUGCAAUAUCGAAGCUCUCUGCUAUAGGCUCAAAGUUUUUCAAUGAGGAGGGCCAGCAGUUUUUCGUCAACUAUCUCAUUGAUGAGCUGAUGCUAGCUUUUUGACUGAUAGAAAUUGCGUACCGGCUCACUCUUCACGAUCCCCUUGUGGACCCCGAACAGUGCAAACUGGACUCUUCAUUGAUGAAGGAGCUGGGUGCAAAUGCUAUACGCGUCUAUCAUGUUGACCCUAAUGGAGAUCCCGAUGAGUGCAUGAAAGCGUUGGCGGAUGCAGGGAUAUACUUGUUUGUGGACUUGGAUGACUUUCCAACCCAAAUUGAAGAGCAAUCCCCUAUUUGGAGUCAGAAGCAGGUCGACGCGUUCAAAUUGACCCUUGACGAAUUACAGAAGUACGGAAACACGGCCGGAGUUUUUGUGGGCAGCGAGGUUUUUACCGUAGCGAAUGACUCCGCUGCAAGCCCGUAUUUCCUAGCUGCGGCUCGAGAUAUCGGGGCCUAUCGCGACUCGAAGGAUUACCGGAGGAUACCGGUCGGCUAUUCCGCUGCGGAUAUAGCAGAGCUGUGUCCUAUGUUGCGGAACUACCUGGUUUGCCGGGAAGAUGAAUCUGAAAGAUUAGACUCCUUUGCCUCAACACGUACGAAUGGUGCGGUGAAUCAACAUUUGAAAUCUCCAGCUAUGCCAACCUGCAAAACCAAGCAGCGGGAUACCCGGUUCCGAUUUUCUUUUCAGAAACUGGCUGCAACACGGUCCGACCACGAGAUUUCGACGACCUCAAUACCAUCCUUGGGCCGGAAAUGACAGGCACCUGGUCUGGCGCAUUGGUGUACGAGUGGAUAGAGGAGUUGAAUAACUACGGGCUAAUCACCUAUGGCAAGGUGCCCGAGGGCGAUACAUCUAACCCUUCAGCCCUCGACGGCUUCUCCCGUCGCGGCACCCCCACCCCUGUCAACCCGGACUUCACAAAUUUGAAAUCCCGUUUCGCUACUUUGGAUCCCACCGGCGUUGCGCUGUCUGAUUACUCUGACAGGGCAUCGGAGGUUACAGCGCCGCCCUGCCCCAAUUCCACUCCUAUUUAUUGCCUGGGCCGUUUAUCCUAGCGCUGACCUACCGACCCUUGGACAGUCGGUCGGUGCUGGUCCUACUAAUCUAACUGCGUCCGGAGGAAGAGCGGCCAGUCCUACAUCAUCAAACUCCAGUGCUGGGAAUCGGUAGAUGUCAAUAGGUGGAUAUAGUGUUUGGUGAAUGUAGGGCGAGAGUGACGGACUUAUCAUGAAGUGAUACUUCCGGACGACCUCUCUGAAAGGCGUUUCUUUUGAUUUAGACUUCAAGGGCUAAGAGAGGGGGAUGUUUAAAAUCCAUCGUCGUAUCUAGAGAUCUAUCUACUCUCUGUUAACGGUAUGCCUGCAGUUUUUUAUCUCACCAGGCUUAAGUAGACUAUAAUGUAUCCAUGAUAUUUUGAUAGAACUUUCGGCUGAAAUAUAGUUAACAGAAAUGUUCGCGGGCAACAGUUUACUUAGAAGCACUUUGGCUACGAUGUUUAACCAACUACCCCUGACUACACAUUGUAAGAGUCUAGAUACACGAGCUGCGUGUUAAGAAGGUCCAUAGU